CAGAGCCUCCGCUCUACGCCGGGCGGAAGGAGCUGUCAGCUGAAGGGGCGAGCGGAAGUGGAGGGACAAUCCUGAGGUGAGGCCUGGGAUUCGAUUUCUUCCUCAGCCUCCCGGUCUCGGCGGAUAGGGAUGGCAGUGGACGGCGGCGGUAAGUUGCGGCGCCAGUUGGAGGCCAUGCGCUUCGACCCGGCGCUCUACGUGAAGCAGCUGUCGCAGCAGUCGGACGGUGACCGCGACCUGCAGGAGCACCGGCACAAGAUCCAGAGCCUGGCCGACGAGACGGCGCAGAACCUGAAGAAGAACGUCUACAAGAACUACCGGCAGUUCAUCGAGACGGCGCGGGAGAUCUCGUACCUGGAGAGCGAGAUGUACCAGCUCAGCCACAUCCUCACCGAGCAGAAGGGCAUCAUGGACGGCCUGACCCAGAUGCUGCUGGCGGCCGACCGAGAGCAGCAGCAGCAGCAGCAGCAGCUCCUGCAAACCGGGGCGGCCGUCUCCUCCUCGGCCUCGUCCGUCGCCAGCACCGGCGCCUCCUCGCAGUCGGACUCCUCGCUGCUGCCGCGGGAUGCCGAGGAGCACAAGCAGCGCACGCUGACACCGCUGCUGCAGAAGGUGGAGGGCUGCCAGGAGCUGCUGCAGGCGCCCGGCCGCUACCUGGUCUACAACGGCGACCUGCUGGAGUGCGACCCGGAGAGCGCGGCGCAGCUGCAGCGGGUGCACGCCUUCCUCAUGAACGACUGCCUGCUGGUGGCCGCCUGGCUGCCGGGCCGCCGCGGCGCCGGCCUCCGCUACCGCUUCGACGCCGUCUACCAGCUGGACAGCUUCGCAGUGGUGAACGUCAAGGACGCGGGCCCGAUGCGCGACAUGUUCAAGGUGCUGAUGUUCCCCGACACCCGCGUCUUCCAGGCCGAGAACGCCAAGGUGAAGAAGGAGUGGUUGGAGAUCCUGGACCAGACCAAGAAAAACAAGGCGCUGAACGAGCGCCGGGAGCUGGAGAAGGCCGAGGCCCUGCGGCUGGCGGCGGCCAAGAAGGAGGAGGAGGAGCAGCGCAGGAGACCCCUGGCGUCUGGCAGUACCAACCCAUUCGAGGAGGAGGAGAGAGAGGCCGAGGAGCAACGGGCGCCCCUCCAGCCGCUGGACCUUAGCCUGGACUGGAUCCAGGAGCUGCCCGAGGACCUGGACGUGUGCAUCGCCCAGCGGGACUUCGAGGGUGCCGUGGAUCUGCUGGACAAGUUGUCAGCCUACGUGAGCGGCGCCGACGGUCAGCCGGGUGUGCGGCAGCUGAGGAGCCGGGUGGAGCAGCGGGUGCGCCGGCUGACCGACGUGCUGGUGUACGAGCUGUCGCCCGGGCGCUCGCUGCGCGGCGGCCCGCGGGCCACCCGGCGCGCCGUCUCGCAGCUCAUCCGCCUGGGCCAGUCCACCAAGGCGUGCGAGCUGUUCCUGAAGAACCGGGCGGCUGCCGUGCACACGGCUAUCCGCCAGCUGCGCAUCGAGGGCGCCACCCUGCUCUACAUCCACAAGCUCUGCAACAUCUUCUUCACCGGCCUGCUCGACACGGCCCGCGAGUUCGAGAUGGAUUUCGCUGGCGACAGCGGCUGCUACUCGGCCUUCGUGGUGUGGUCGCGCUCGGCCACUCGCCUCUUCGUGGAUGCCUUCAGCAAGCAGGUGUUCGACAGCAAGGAGAGCCUGUCCACCACAGCGGAGUGCGUGGAGGUGGCCAAGGAGCACUGCAACAAGCUGCGUGAGAUCGGCCUGGACCUCACCUUCACCCUACAGGCGCUGUUGGUCAAGGACAUCAAGGCGGCGCUCCAGAGCUACAAGGGAAUCAUCAUGGAAGCCACCAAGCACCGCAACUCUGAGGAGAUGUGGAGGAGGAUGAACCUGAUGACUCCUGAGGCCUUGACAAAACUGAAGGAGGAGAUGAAGGCUAGCGGAAUCACCAACUUCGAUCAGUACACCGGUGACGACUGUUGGGUCAACCUCAGCUACACCAUUGUGGCCUUCACCAAGCAGCUGAUGGCUUUCUUGGAGGAAGGGCUGAAGCUGUACUUUCCAGAGCUGCACAUGGUCCUGUUGGAGAGCCUCCAGGAGAUCAUACUGGUGGCCGUGCAGCACGUCGACUACAGCCUGCGAUGUGAGCAGGACCCGGAGAAGAAAAUCUUCAUUCGGGACAAUGUUUCCUUCCUUUACGAGACGGUCCUCCCGGUGGUGGAGAGACGGUUCGAGGAGGGGGUUGGGACACCAGCCAAGCAGCUCCAGGAUCUCCGCAAUGGCUCCCGAAUCAUUCGUGUCAAUCCAGAGAGUACCAAUUCCUUUGUCUGAACAUCUGAGUACUUGUUGCAGGCAUCCCCUACACAGCCACUCCCCUAUAGUUCUUAUUUAACACAAGCUGUAUCUGUUUGGGACGAUCUUAAGUUAUCUCAUACAAAGGACAGUAUAAUCACCUGCUAGUUGUUAUUUUUAGCAACUCCUGCCUUGUAAAUACUACUGCUUUGUCUGGUUAUAUUUCACCAGUAAAACAAAUUUAUGGCAAUACCUGGAUUUGCUCACGUACUAACAUUUGUGCAAAAAAAAAAUUGCCAUUGGCUUCCAAGGCCCAAUUAUCCUUCCACUGCCAAAAACUAUCUCUCUCCCUCUCAAAUACACUUUAAAAUGCAAUUCCAUUGCCUAAACAUUUGGGAUAUAUGUAACUCAGUGCUUGGUUUUUCUCUGCUGUUUCAUUGUUGUAGUCCUCGAGUUUCAAUGCUUUCUAAAUUCAAUAUCACCUGAAGCUCAGUGUAUUUUUUCCCCCAUUUAAAUCCCAUGAAGUACUUUGGUUUUAACAAUUUUGAGGGACUCUACAUGUCUUCAGACAGUCUCAGCAUUGCAACUUGUUGCUAUGCAGUAAUGGUGCAAUUCUGCCCUAACAUUGGAGACUUGCUUUGGGGGGACGUCGGUUUGGCAGUGCCAUAUUGUAGCUACUAUCUUUUUCGAGGUAACUCAGGCUUUAAACAAAGGUCCCCAUCAAUGUAUUGAUUUGAUUGCCAAUUAUUCUGAUUAUCAGUUACCUCCAAGCCAAUGCCACAAGAACUGGUGUCCAUCGCAUUGUUUUUUCUAUGUGGACUAAUUAUACUGUAAUAUAUACUAUCCUAUACUAUAAUACUUUCAGUUAUAAAUGCUUUGGGUCAAUUUGAGAUUUUUGUUUACAUUUACAUCAGCUUAAUGAUUGAAAGUUGCUUCACCCUGUGCUCUACUGCUGCAAAUAUGUCCAAGUUCAGGCUCACUGCCAAAGUCCUACAGAAGUGAUUGGGCCUCCUUACACUGUGCCAUCUUCACAAAGCCAAAAUAUUCUUCUUUUCAUCUUGGAACAUUUUCUUCUCUGUUUUGCCUUUAGACUGUAGAAUUUUUAAAUUUUACACUGGUCUACUGUAGAGUUUGUAAAGUUUGCGCCGGUUUACUGUAGAGUUUGUAAAUUUUAUGCUAGUCUACGGUAGAGUUUGAAUUCUUGUAAUAUGAGAGGAAUGGCACCAGGUAAAGGCCGACAAGUUUUGUUUGGGGUCUGAAGGAUUUAUUUGGGUGCUUUGAAGAUCAUUAAAGGUCAGUGAUCUCCAGUGUUGUCCGUGUGGAGUUUGGUCAUUCUCCCUCAUCACAAAGGUGCGGAGGUUGGUAGAUCAGUUAACCACUAUAAAGUGGGUGCUACUGUAGCGUAGCAGUAAGCAUGACGUUAUUACAAUUCAGUGUUCCAGAGCUCAGAAUUCAAUUUCAGUGAUUUGAGAGUUAACUACCCUUGUUUUUCUGAAUGUGUUAAUAGCAGGACCUCGGCUCUUGAACUGAACAGCUGUUCCACUUGAUGUGUUAGCUCUGUGUGAAGCUGUGAUUAAACCAUUGUGACAGGUUUUCAAUUGCAGCUUAAAUGUGUCAGGGGCCAAUAGGAUGAGGUGCAUCUCAUUUUGUUCUAAAUUUUGCCCCAAUAAUUUGGAUUUUUAAUUGCAUAUUCCAUUCUCUGUGGGAGGUUACAGUUUUAUUUGAUCUACUACUUCUAAAUGCCAUUUUUAUGAUCUUUACUACUUUAAAAUUAGAAAUAAAGUUGCCACUGUAGUGAUUCAUCUUGAUCCUGCAUUAAUGCUCUAUGAAACAAUAACAUUUGAAGUACCUUUUUAAAAUAAAACUUAUUUCUGGUAUUCAGAUUAUCAAAAUAUUGAUGCCGAUUUUUCCAUUUUAGUACAAUGGCUUCACUAGAAAAUCAAAUUCGUAUUCAACUUUAAGGGCCACAGUUCUGUGUACAGAUUUUUGCCACUGAAUCUGAUUAUAUAUGUCACAAGAUACAUGCCAUACCCAAUCAGAUUCAGUGGCAAAAAUCUGCACACACAACUGUGACCCUUAGAAUGCAAAUUUGACUUUAUUUAAUUUUCUUUUUUGUUUUAUAAUGGCAUUAUUUGGAGCAAAAAUGUAUCAAAUAAAAUUGCAUUAUAUUUCACAUAUGCAGAUCAGCAAAUUGGAGAAACAUUUCAUUUACAACAUUUUAAUGCAUUCUUGUAAGCAUGCUUGUGUUCGUUGGUAGUACAGUCAACAUUGAGAUGUAGGAAAUGAAAAGUCAACUUGGAUGUCAGGUUCCAGCAAGCGUCAACGUGAUAAUGUUCGGUAAUCUGUAGUGGUGUUAGUUGGCAGAAUCAGUGUUGAGUAACAGAUCGGAGAAUCUGUAUAUACUUUAGUGUAGAUCUUUAUAUCCAACUGAAUCCGUGGCUGGAUCGUUGGUUUUAUUUCUCCCUGAAGAAAUGACAUGGGUAAUUGGACAUUGUUACCUCUAGAUUGCACGAAGUAUAAAUUUUAUGUUAGUCCGCUGUAGAAUUUGAAUCCUUGUGAUAAGAGAGAAAUAGCAUCAAGUAAAGGCUGGAUUUUUUUGUGUAUUGCAUUUAUCCUGUUCUAAUGUGGAGAUGCAAGUACUGUCCUCACAUCUGUAACUCCCCCAUGUGAGAGAUGAUCAAAUGAAGAUUGCAUGUUUACAGUUAUUGCAAAGUUAUUGAGUUUAAAUUUUAUAUUUGUCAAGUGAGGCAGGAUCUAUUGAAUGAUUAUUGCUGAGUUGAUAUUGAUAGAGCACUUGCAAUAUAUUCAGAAAGACUAUCGAAUUGUUUCUAUAGAAUAUCUCUGCUUGUUUCCAUAGAAGACUGUAGAAAAGAAGUAAGAACCCAGACUAGGCUGUUGGUCUUUUUGAGUUGGUCCAUUAUUCAUCAAGAUCAUUACUAAUCUAUUUCAGCCCCAUUUUUCUGCCAUGUCGCUGUAUCUUUGAAAUCCAGUGCCUUACUAAUCUGUUUUGAAUGCCAUUAAUGAUGGCAAUGCUUUACACCCCCUCAGACUGGAAAGUUCCUAAGAAAUCUCUCCUGUCUCAACCCUGCACAAUCCACCCUUUGAUUUAAGUCUAACCCUCUUGCAUCUGGACCCAUCAACCAGUGAAAUCAGCUCCCUUGUCAGACCCCAAAGAAUGGCAGAUAUGGCAGAUGUUUCAGUGAGGUCACCUUUUAUUCUACAGACCAGAACAGUGUUCUUCAGAGGAGUGGUUCUCUUAUUGUUUAUAUGAAACAUUAAACACGGACCAGGAAAGAGUCAGUAUUGAGUCCCACUGAGUUAGAACAGGUAGGAGAGAAGAGUAUGGGAGAGCAGCCUGGGAAAGGGAGGGGGUAAGAAUUGCCAAUCCUGCUUCCAUCUCAUUGUGUAUAACAAUGAAAAUAUAAAUGAAUUCUUAUUUUCUUCUGAUUGCCUUUUAAGGUAUAACUAAAAUGAAGAGAAUCAACAAAGCUAUUUAUAGACAGCUAAUUAUUGUUUGGAUGAACCAUAUAGUUUGUCUAGAAAAAAUGAAAAAUUACUUGUAGUAUUGUUGCUAGGAUGUAUAAAUCAGGUUUUGCCUAAAAAAAAGUGACUGAGAAUACUGUCUUGUUUACAUAAUUUCUCCAAAUAUUAUAAACCUAACAUCUUCAAAACUAGUCUGCUGAAUCUUCAUUGUAAUAUUUCAUUGCAAGUAUACAGAAGGUCAAAGUUGUACACAGUUUGCCAGAAUUGGUCUCAUUAUGAUGGCUUUUUGAUUCAGAUGCUCUUGAACUCAUUCUUUUGCACUGAAAGCCAACAUAUCCUUUGCUUUCAUAGUUGCCCGUAGUACCUGCAUGCUGGUCUUGGUGACUUGUAUUCAAGGAAGCCUGGGUCAUUCCACUGUGAGAAUUUCCUAGUCUCUUUCAAUAUAAAACUAAAAUAUUUGGCAUUUAUAAUGUUAUUUUAUACUCUUUGUGGAGCUUUCCACUUCUUGAACCAACAUAUGACCAUCCUCAUUACUCCUCACACUUUCCUUUGUCCAAGCUGUUGAAAUCGAUUGUAAAUAGCUGGGCAAUCACUAAUCCCUGCUAUAUUCUGUUAGUAACUGCCUGCCAACAUGAAAGCCCAUUUAUUCCUUUUUUCCAUCUGUUAACCAAUCUCAAUCUACUGUUAAUACGUUUAUACACGAGGGGUGAUGUGGGCCCUUCAUCUUAGAAAAGAUGUGCUGGCAAUGGAGAAGGUCCAGAAGAAGUUCGUGAGAAUGAUCCCAGGAAUGAAAGGGUUAACACAUGAGUGAUUGAUGGCUCUGGGCCUGUACUCACUUGAGCUUGGGCAGGGGGUGGACUCUUUGAAAGCUAUUACUGAAAGGCAUAAAGUGGACGUAGAGAGGAUGUUUCCAGUUGUGGGGGAGUCUCGGACCAAAGUGCACAGCCAUAGAAUAGAGAGAGAUCCCUUUAGAACAGAGAUGAGGAGGAAUUUCUUUAGCCAGCUGUGGAGGCCAAGUCAUUCGGUAUAUUUAAAGCGGAGGUUGAUAGGUUCUUGAUUAAUAAGUGCGUCAAAGGUUAUGGGAGAUGAAGGCAGGAGUGGCUAAUAAAUCAGCCAUGAUGGACUUGCAGAGCAGACUCAAUGGUUCGAAUGGCCUAAUUCUGCUCCUAUGUCUUAUGGUCUUGUUAUCUCCAAUUCCACAUCGUCAAGCUUUAUUUACAUUCUUCCUGUGUGGAAGCUUUGGCGGGGUGGGGGGGGUAAAAUCUCAUUGUUACAGUAAGUCUUAUUUUGAAUAAGUGUUGGGAUUGUGUAACAUUGAUUUGAAAGAAUGGUGUUCUGUUUGAAAGAACCACAUUUAGAAAACUUUUAAAUAUUAAUUUUGAUCAUGUUUCUUUUCACCUUGCCGUAUGGCUUCUCUCUCCAGGUGAUGAAAUUCAGUAAUAAUCAGGGUUUCACGUUUAAGCCCACUGCCAGAGGAACUUGUGUGGCAAUGUCUACAGCAGUAGUAGUGCAAUCACACAAGUCGAGUAAUCCCCUUAAUGGAGAACCCUUGUGCUUGAUUUAGUUUAACGUGGGGCGGCUGGUGCACUGGCAGCCACCACACGGUCCUUGACAGAUCGGGGUCAGCACCCAGUGACGUGGCAUCCAAGAUGACUGGGGACCCUUCACUGCCUUUGUGAUGUGACCCUACCAAGAGCUGAGCUCCAGACAGCAUUGAUGUUGGGAGCUCAGGAACUCGGAAACCUCUCCAUCACGACAGGGUGACAGUCCUCAGAGAAGGGCAAUGCCUUUAUUGUGAGCUGAAACUUUACAUUUAAAGUGAAUGAGUGAGAGUAUGUUUACACUAACUAUCUAUUGUUUAUGACUGAUUUAUUGUAUGUAAAUUGAACCACAGUACAGGUCCACACUGAGUAGGAAACAAAACUCAAAGGCAGUGAAUGGCUCACUGCUGCUCUGGGAUAAGAAGAUGUACUGGAGGUCACUCUUACGGGAGUAAAUGCUACAGCCUGCACUCAUGGUGUUUUUAUGAUGGAAUUUAAAAAAUAACAAUGAAUUUUCACAAUUUCAGAAUGAAGUUGUUUUUCUUAAUCUAGUCAACCUGAGUUCCUCACAGCCAAUAAGGUUUUGUGUUCCCACACUAGAUGUAAAAGUUAGAUUUAGGUUUCAAAUUUAAAUUCUGGUUUUUUUUAUCACGUACAUCAAACUGUACAGUAAAAUGUGUCGUUUGCAUUAACAACCAACACACCCAAGGAUGUGCUGAGUGAAACCACACAUUCCAGCACGAACGUAGCAUGCCCAUGUUUUUCAACACAAAAACACAAGCAGCAGCAGCAGCAACAGAACGAAACAAGGCGAUGGAAACAUCAAAACAAGACCUUUCCUGCAGACACACACAGGCCUCCAAUCCCAGUCCAGGCUCCCUCCAGGUCUGCAGUCCUUGGCCCCGCACUCUCAAACUCAGAUAUUGAACCUCAAGUCCCUGGCCACAAUUCAUAGACCUGACCUUCUUGCCUCUGUCUCAGGACUUGCCGACUCCAACCUUCCUUCGGUUUUCAAAGUGACACACCUGUUGAAUUUUCAGCUAUAUUCGGUGGGCUGCAAUCAGAGCGAGAGGUGGUUCUUUGGUGAUGCAGUGCAAGGUUUAAGAAGAGUUCCAGUGCCUUCAUCUCUUUUCAGAGGGGCUGCAAUUAGUGUGAGGGGUCCUUUGUUGAAGAACUCUGCUUUUGACUUUUCUCGGUGGAUUGCAGUCAGCACAGGGCCAAUAAAAAGAAAGGAGGCAUAAGCAGAGCAGCCAUUGUCAGAGUUGUCUGCCUUUGGCUCAACAGGCUUGGGCAAGCACAACUGGAGCUUCCAAGUGAGCAAGUUUCUAGUAAGUACACAGCUAGUGCACUGAGAAUGGGUUCAGAGGUAGUGGGAUGUGGGAACUCCAGGAGACCUCCAGUCUUCCUGAUAACUACAUCUGCAUUAAGUGCAACGAGCAUCAGCUCCUGAGAGAACGUAUCAAGGAAAUAGAGCUGCAGCUGGAUGACCUUCAACUCAUGGGGAAAUAAGGUGAUAUAUAGGAGCUGCAGGAGUCUGGUACCUGGGUGACUGUUGGGAGAGGGAAUGGGAAUGGGCAGCCAGUACAGGCUACCCCUCAAUAGUAAAUAUGCCACUUUAGAUACUGUUGAGGGGUGGGUAGCUAACAAGGAGAAGCCACAGCGAGCAGGACUCUGGUGGAGAGUCUGGCUCUGUGGUUCAGAAGGGAACUGGAGAGGAGAAGAGUGCAGUAGCAAUACGGGAUUCCAUAGUUAGAGGAGCAGGAAGAAGAUCUUGUGGACAUGAAAGGGACACCCAGGUGGUAUGUUGCAUGCACGUGGAAGGAUCAGGGAUGUCUCGGAUCGGGUCCAUGGCAUUCUAAAGGCAAAGGGUGAGCAAUCAGAAGUCGUGGUGCUUAUUGGCACCAAUAAUGCAGUUAGGGAAAAGGUGGAGAUCCUGAAGAGAGAAUGGAGGGUAGAAAGCUGAAAAGCAAGACCUCCAGGGUAGUAAUCUCUGGAUUGCUGCCUGUCCCAUGUGCCAGUGAGGGUAAUGAUUUGGCUGAGGAAUUGAGGCAGGGGGUAGGGUUUUAGAUUUCUGGGCCAUUGGUAUCUUUUCUGCGGAAGGUAUGACCUGUACAAAAGGGACAGGUUACACCUGAACUUGAAGGGGCCAAUAUCCUUGUGGGCAGUUUUGCUAGGGGAGGCCUUGGACUGACAUGUUGGAAUGGGAAUGGGAAGUAGAAUUGAAAUCGGUGGCCACCGGGAAAUCCUGCUUUUUUGUGAUGAAUGGAGCAAAGGUGUUUUACUGAGUGGUCUCCAAAUCUACACUGGGUCUCGCUGAUUUACAGGAAGCCACAGCGGGAGCAAUGAUGCAGUACAUGACCCCAACAGACUCGCAG